AUGAGUUCUCGGUCUUCUUCUAAUUCAACACCUAGACUUACAAGAAAACUUUAUCCAGGUUCGUCAAGUCCAUCUACGACGCAACGUUAUUCAUUUAGAAGAAGUUCCACACCAGCUAUAUCUGAUCAAAACAGUAAAAUUCAAAAAAUAAAAACAAAAAAGAAGAAUUCAACAUCAUCUUCUAUUACAAGAAUCAGAAAAUUAUUCAACACAGCUACAAUUGAUGAUAAAUCUUCAGAUGAACAAAUGGACGACAAUAGUCAAUUAAUAGCAACAAAUAAUUGUGAUGAAGAAAUAAAUGAUGAAAUUCAGAUCCAAAAUCAACCACGACAACGAUUAGAUUCUACAGCAAGUAAUAAAACAGAAGAACCAAAAGUACAAAAACGGACAACACGAAUGACAAUGGAAGACGUUUUAAAACAUUUUACUAAAAUUAACAACGGUUUAAAAUGUAAUUUAUGUGUAAAUUCACGAAAAACAUUUGCAUUAAAUGCAACCUCUGAUAGUAAUUUAAGACGACAUUUAGGUGGUGUUCACGGUCUAAAAGAAUAUUUAUAUCCAUCACAGCUUCAGAAUUAUCAACCGAAAAAUAAACUGAUCUCAACCAAACUCAAACAACAACUUGAUAAAGCUGCUGUACAGGCAAUAUAUGUUGAUGGUCGUUCUUUAAAUGAUUUUGAGAAACCUGGUAUGGCAAAGUUCCUAAAAAUUGCUGUUCCAGGAUACAAAGGACCCACCAGGAAAACUGUGCGUCGUCAUCUUGAAUCAUUAUAUAAGAUUUAUCGAGCAAAACUCAAGAAGCAAUUACCAGAAAUAUCUGAUAUUGGUAUUACUUGUGAUGUAUGGAAAUCAUCAACAAGAGCUUAUUAUAUAUGUAUAACAGCACAUUAUACCGAUGAACAAUACAAAUCAAAGUCUUUCGUGUUAGCCUUCCGUCGCUUCCUUGGCAGUCAUACCAAGGGACGACUUCAACUAUUUAUUUUAAAUGAAAUCAAAAAGCUCAAUAUUGAAAAAAAAGUUAGAGGAAUAACCACGGAUAAUGGGCCCGACAUUCGGGCUGCAACAUCAAGUAUUGGCUUAGGAUUUAGAUUAUCAUGUGUGGUUCAUUUGUUAAAUUCAACUGUUAAAAAUGGUUUAUGGUUACAUAAGAUACCAAAAAAGAAAAAGAAAAGUGCAUCAUCAAGUGUUAAUGAUCAAGCACAAGAAGAAGAUGAUGUUGUUUCAAUUGCUGAUAGUGAAGAUAUUCCAGACGAAUUUUUAAAUGGGAAAGAAGAGGAAGAGAUGGCAGAACAAGAAGAAAAACAAGUUGUAGGUGAAGGAACAGAAGGUGAAGGAACAGGAGGUGAAGGAACAGAAGGUGAAGGAACAGAAGGUGAAGGAGCAGAAGGCGAAGAAGAAGGUGAAGAAGAAGGUGAAGAAGAAGAAGGUGAAGAAGAAGAAGGUGAAGAAGAAGAAACAGAAGAACUUUUAACAUCAUUAUCAAGUAGUAGUAGUGAUGACGAAAUAGAAGAUUCAUCAUCAACAAGUAAUAGUAUGGAUCAAGCUGAACAAAUUUUGAUAAACACAGCUGAUUUAUUAUAUGAAGAAUUUAUUAAAAAAUGUGAAGAUAAUGAUACAAUUCUUUUAUCAACAAUUCAUUCAUUAUUGAAACGUGUACGAAAAGUGAUAAACUUCAUUCAUCAAUCAAGUGUUCUAGAUCGAUAUGUCAAGAAACAUAUAGAAUUGAAAGUACAAGAAUAUAAUAAUUCUUUACCACCAGAUCAAAAAGAUAAACAAGUUAAAUAUAAAGACGUCGUUAUUGAUUUUGAGAUACGUUGGAAUACAACAUAUUUUAUGCUAAAACGUUUUAUAUUUUUCAGUUCAAUCAUUACAAGUAUUACUCAAAAUCCAUCAAAUGAUAUUGGUAUUAAACCAACUCAAUAUGAACGUUUAAAACGAUUAGCAUUUUCAAGAAUUGAUUGGUCAAUAUUAAUGGGAAUGAAAAACGUUCUUAAAGCUUUCCGUGAUGCAACAGUACUUUUAUCAGGUCGAAAGUAUGCAACUCUUGGAAUUUCUUAUUUUGUUAUUGCUGGUCUAAAACAAUAUUUAACAACAAUCGAUGAUAAUGAACCAUUUGAGAAUUUACUUAAAAAACAAUUAUUGUCAAAAUUUGAUUAUUAUUUUGGUUGUAAAUUUAUUUCGAUCCAACAAACUCAAGCAAGCUUGAUUUGUGCCUUUUUAGAUCCAGCGUUGUAUAUCUAUUUGUCCAAAGAUCCAGCUGAACUUGAAAAAGCUGAAAAAUUAGUCUUACAGCGUGCUGAAUUUCAUCGAAAUUUACGACAAUCUCGUUUACAUUCUACACAAGUUACAUUAACAACAGCAUCAAAUUCAGCAGUUUCGAAAAAACAGGAACAACAUUCCCAACAGCAUAUGCCGUUAUUAUCAUUAAAUAAUUUUUUAAAAACAUGUGGUGUACAAGAUACAUUCGAAUCAACACCAUCAUUCAAAAUUAAUGAUGAUAUUUCCGUAAAGGAACAAAUUUCCAUUUAUGUGGCAAAUGUUAAAAAUGUACCACGUUUUGAAACAUUCUGGAUCAAAUAUGGAACACAAUUACCUGAUUUAAAUUCAGUUAUAAAGUAUUACUCAUGUAUGCAAAGCAGUUCUGUUCCUUGCGAAUCAUCUUUUUCAGUAUCUGGUUAUAUAAAUAGGAAACAACGGUGUUCUUUAUCUUCAUCGGUCAUUCGAUACUCAAUGUGUCUCAAGAAUCAGUAUGAAAAUAGUCAUAACUAUGCAGUUUGAUGAAGGUGAUCAAAUAAACAUGAUUUUUUUUCAUUUACUCUGAUCUUCUUUUGUUAUAUAAUGUGUGUUUUUCUUCUAAACUACUGUGAAAUUAGGAAGAUGAUGAUAGAAUGAAAAUAAAAAUAUACUUUGAAAAUAAACUUUAGUUAUGUCGUUCUAAAAAUUUCGGACACUUUAUAUGAGGGAUGUAGAAAGAGGGGAUUAAGUUUCAAAGUACUAUACCUGUAUUAACUAAUAAAAGUAUAUUUUUUGUGUAAUUUCUUGUAGUUUGAUUUAUUAAUUAAAAUUCUGCUUUUUCCUAACGCAAAAAUCAUCAGUAUUCUUCUAAGAACAUAAGACAUGAUGUCUUUUGAAAUUUUUCAAUAAAAUACUUUUCAAAAAGAAAGAAGAAGUUUUAUCAUCCGCAAGAAGCAAUACUUCUGAAAUAACUGAUAGUUUUCAAUUCCUUUUUGCUUUCUUUAACUCUUAUUUUACUU